CUAAAUCCGUGUUAAUCAAUAAAUGUCUGUUUAAUUCAUUAAAUUUAUUCUGCACCAUCAGCAUUUACUUUACUAGGGUUUACCAUUACCAACGGCAUCUUGAGCCCCCAAAGUCUUCUUUUUCAUUCCUUUUUAUUUUUUUAUUUUUUUAUUUUUUUCUAACACCAAAACAGAUGAGACACGCAGAAGCCUAAAGGAUUUUGAAGAAAAAAAUGUCAAACAAGACUCCCAUUUUUCCCGUGCCUGAGCCUCAACACUUCAGUGACUAUGGCUUUGACCCUCAAAUCGAUUACUUUCAGGUGUUAGAAGAAGCGAGGAAGCAGAAGAAAGAGUCAUCAAGAUCCAUAGACUCGUUGCACUUCAAGCUUCAGAAACCCAUUUCAAAAGAAGAGUCCAAGGUCAAGAAGACCCUCCACAACAAGGCCAAGAAGAAACGUUGGUGGAGAAAUGCUUUCUUGUUCUUCAAAUGGAAGUGGAUCUACAACAACCACCAUGAAUAUGAUGCUAAUAACAAUCUUGAACAUGAUGUGCAUUAUGCAAGAGCUAGAGCUUUCAGGGCUUCAGUAUCAGGUCCGGUUUAUAUAACCGAGAGCAGAAGCGGGUCAAGUACUCCAUAUAGAAGCAUAAGCCGGCCGACUUCCGGCCCACUUGCCGGAACUCUCUCUCCGGUGAACAAGAGUGAGUUUCAAGUUCCUUACUUGAGUCUCAGAGAGCUCAACAUGGAGCAGCAAGAACACCAGAGGAUGUCUACUUCUUCAAUGCCGAUAUAUCUGGUCACUUAGAAGAAAAAGAUGCACUUUACAUAUAUAAUAGUAUAUUUUAAUUUUUUUUCCUUAAAGAUUUAGUUUUUUGAGCUCUAUGAAGCUUUGGUAAGAACCUGUGGUUGUGGGGGUCUCUAAUGUUUUUGGAUUUGCCCCCCAUUUGGUUUCUGCAAAUUUAACUGCAAAGGUGUUUGUUUGAUUGAUC